AUGCCGGAUUGCUGUUCGGUUUAUCUAUGUACCAACCGCUUGAACAAGAACAGGGAUAAACGCUUCUUCAGAAUACCUAAAGAAAUCUCGCACAGAGGAGACAAAACAAGAGAUAUUUCAAAAAGACGUCGAGCUAAAUGGCUUGCCAACCUGUCGUUGGUGACGAAAGGAGUUGAGUCUCGACAUGCUCGUGUAUGCAGCGACCAUUUUGUUAAAGGUUAUCCAAGUGAACUAUUUGAUGAAGAAGAUAUUGAUUGGGCACCAACAAUUAACCUUGGGCAUCAAAAAGUGAAACCGACUUCAGAAUGUGCUUUGAAAAGGCGGAAAAGAGCAGUUGAACGAGAAGAGAAGCGACAACAAAAUCAGGCAGCCCUUGCUCUCCUGUCUCUCCAGAAUCCUCCACUUCCAAAGGAUGUUAAUGACUUAUCAAAUAAAUCAUUGGAAAAUGUCACAGAUCGUGAUGGCCCAACUGUUGUACGCACGAAAGAAUGCCAAACAUAUGUUACUGCUGAGUCGUUGGAAGAAAGAGAUAAAGAAUUGGCUGAGAAAAAGCUUGAGCUACUUGACUUACAGGCUAAGGUCUCACUUACUGGACUUUCGAAGGAGGAAUUUGCAAAGAGUGAAGCAAAGACCAGAUUUUAUACAGGUCUACCUAACUUUUUGGUACUGUUACAGGUGUUUAACCUUUGUGAAGCUUGGAUAUCUCACACUGACAGACUUGGCAUACAGAUUUGGAAUAUCCACUGCGACAGCAUCUAGAGUUUUCAAGAAAUUGAUAUCUAUUUUGCACUUGAGACUUCAGUUUCUGAUUGAAUGGCCUGAGAGAGAAAUACUUAGGGCUACAAUGCCCAUGGAUUUCAGAAACACUUUUGGAAACCAAAUAGCUGUAAUAAUAGAUUGCUUCGAAGUAUUUGUAGAGAGACCAUCUAACUUAUUAGCCCGUGCUCAAAGUUGGUCAAACUAUAAGCACCACAAUACUGUCAA